AUGUGUGCAUGGUAUGUCCUAUUGUUCAUUAUUCCAUAUGUUCAUUCAGUUCAUUUUCAUUCAAAUGAAAUCAAUAACAAAAAAACUUCAAUAUUUGUUAUUUAUCCACGUUUGCGUUUGUGUAAUAAUGGUUCGUUUUCAUUUGAAUUUCGUACGAAAACAAGAAAUGGUUUAAUCUUUUACACCAAUGAUAAUUACCAUUCGGAUUCCAUUAUUGUUUCGGUUUAUCAAGGUAAAUUACUAGUUGAACAGAAAUUUGGUAAUAACAAAGCUUAUCAACAAUUCGAUCAUCCGAUUAAUGACGAUAAAUGGUACAAGAUCGUAUUUAAACGACGAUCUUCAUUGAUUACCGAAAUCGUUCUCUAUUCUGUUGCAUUACGAAACGUGGAAAAUCGUAUCAUUAAAUCGAAAAGCUUGAAUUAUUUGCCGUUUACAUUAUCGAACACGAGUUCAAUGGUUUAUAUCGGAGGCUUACCGAUGAACAUUUACAAAAAACAACGUUAUACAAGUGAAUUUCUGUUCCAAUCAUUUCAAGGCUUUGUACGUAAUCUGCGUUAUGGCCUAUGUGGAUGCCCUGAACGUAUUCAACAGCCACUUUUUUCGUCAUUAGCAAAUAAUUUUCAAUCUGAAGUAUGUGAACAACAGAUCUCAUUAUGUUCAAGUUCAGCAUGCGAAUGUUUGAACGUCGAUGAAGAACCACGAUAUCAAUGUGAUUGUAGCAAUAAAACGUGCAGUAUUAUGACUAUAAUGAACAAAAAUCUCAUUCAAUACGAAAUCGAUUUCACAUCCGUGGAAUAUAUUUCCAAGAAUGACGCAUCCACAUUCACGUUCGGAAGUCAACCAUACAUGUUUAAUGUCAUGAAAAAAGAUGUGGAAGCCAAUGGAAAUCAGAACGACCACGCCAUGUUUGUGCCAAUGGAUAUUCAACAACAAACUUGUAUGUGGGACUUGAGCAGAUGUUCAAUAGAUCUAUCUUUGACGUUUAUUUUUUCCAUCAAUCAUAUGAACAAGUCUUCGACUAUUUUCAAGCAAAAUUUUAAGAAUGAUGCACUAAUACAUGUCUAUCUGGUCGUAUUCAAUUCGACAUUAUCAAGUUUGUAUUUUGACCUUUGGCUGCCAUUCAAUCGUGGACUUCUGCGUACACAAUUGAGUGAAUUCCCUUAUGAAACAUCAUUAUACAUUAAUCUUGUUUAUCGUUCACCAUCAACACUUUCUACUUAUCUCUUCGGACAACUCAUGGAUUAUACAGUAAAUCCGAUCUAUGAUCAAUCAAAUCGACCAUCAUCAUCGACAUUGUCGUUUAAUAUAUUUAUACCAUUUCAAUCGAUAUCUUGGUCCUACGAGCAGCCGUCAUUUGGUAGGUAUUCGUCUGAUUGA